AUGGUAAAGGACUGGCUAAUCACAUAUGCUGCACCAUUCUUUGGGGCGUUCGGUGAGCAACGUGCUCUUCGCUUUAUGGGUGUAACAACUGUAUCCGUCAAGCUGCUCUCAUUGGACAUCAACCAGUGCCCACAGUCGUUUUAUACGCCCAAUUUCUUCAAAAACACGGCACGCUGCGAUUUUCGUUCGACUUAUGUAAGUUCGCAUUCGAAUGUUACCUAA